CGCUGGCGUGUUUUCGCUAGUCUUUUCUCUGAGAGGAGGACGAUGUUUUCAAAAGCAGCCAUGAACGUCACACUGCCGUAGGCUACGCUUCACGUCCCGUAUUUUCGGUGGGUUGAAAUAGCGUUUUCUGUUGCCAACCGAAUCCCGGAUGAGUUGGUGACUCCCCGCGUAGAGGUGCAUGAUGAACCUGCCGAGCCGGAGUUGUCGCAGCUAGUCGGGUGCUACACCAUGGCCAAACCUGGGAGCGACAGGGAUGGAGCCAUGGUGGAAAGGCCAGCGGGAAAGAAGUGCAAAGACAAGCUGUCCCCCUUCACCAAGACUCCCAAGCUGGACCGGAGUGAAUUGCUGGGAAAGGAAGGGAAAGUCAAGUCUUCCAUGAAACGCAAGCUCUCCUUCACUAGCAGUCCGCCCCGGACCGAGGAGCGAGACUCGGACACGGAUGAGUCAGACCCAGGCCAGUCCGGUGAGACCUGGGGGGAGAGAUUAGUGGCCCCCUGCAGGACCUACGCAGAUAAGGAUGGACCAGACAAGAAGAAGGUGAAAAAGGAGAUUGGGGGCAAAAAGGCCCAGGCCCCCAACCUUUUGUUUGGGUACCCCCUGUCCGAGCGCAAGCAGAUGGCUCUGCUCAUGCAAAUGACGGCCAACAGUCCAGACUCAACCCCCAGCCACCCCUCCCAGACCACACCCGUGCAGAAGAAGGUGGCCAGCAGCGCGUCGUCUCGGCAGAAGGACAAAGUCAACAAGAGGAACGAGCGUGGUGAAACGCCCCUUCAUAUGGCGGCCAUACGAGGGGACGUCAAGCAAGUCAGGGAGCUGAUCAGCCUGGGCGCCGACGUCAACGUGAAAGACUUUGCAGGUUGGACCCCCCUUCAUGAAGCGUGCAACUUGGGAUAUUACGACGUGGCCAAGGUGUUAAUAGCAGCGGGUGCGGAGGUGAACACGCAGGGUCUGGACGACGACACGCCUCUCCACGAUGCCUCCAGCAGCGGCCAUAAAGAUAUUGUCAAGCUGCUGCUGCGCCACGGCGGGAACGCUUUCCAGGCCAACAAGCGUGGGGAGCGUCCAGUGGACGUGGCCGACUCUCAGGAGCUGGAACAGCUGCUGAAAGGGGAGGCGUCGCUUUCAGACGAGCAGGAGGACAGCUCCUCGGACUCCGAGUACCCCCCUUCCGUCAAUCCAUCCAGUGUGGAUGACAACAUGGACGACUCGGACAUGGAGAAAGACUCGGACGCUAAACCAGCCGCAAAGUCGUCGUCCAUGGCAGGCCUGGACGAGUACGAGUUCAAGGACGAGGAAGAGGAGGAGGAUCUCAGUAAAGCCCUGAACGACAGACACAUCCUGCGGCGGGAACUGCGUCAGCGAGAGAAAGAGGACAAGGAUAUGAACAACGUGGGCGGGAAGCAGAGCACCAAGGGCGAUCCCUCCCCCAAAGCCAAAAAGCAGAGGCCCCCUCCGGUGCACUGUAGCUCGGACACGUCCAGCGACGAAAGUGAGAGCCUCCCCGACAAAAGGAACUCCCCCACGUGUUCCCAGAGUUGGGAGGGAGUCAAGGCAGACGUGAAGUGUAAGAAGGAGAAUGCCGAGCAAAAGGACAAGGGCAAGGUCAAGAGGAAGAACAAGAGCCAGAAUAAAAAUAAGGAAAACCAAGAGGACGGGAAAGAGAACAGCAAAACGUCAGAGAGCACGGAUAAGGGACGCGAGGAAGACACCUUCAAGAUGUCCUUCAGCCCCAAGGACGACACGUCUGUGCACCUCUUCCACUUGUCCUCCAUCAAAUCUCCCAAAGUCAACCACAGCCUGGCCGACAAGCACACGCCGCUCAAACAGGAAAACAGCUCGUGUCCCGGGGACACGGUCAAGUACAACCACUACUCGGAAGGCGACUACUGCUCCGAGGGCUCCAGCACUAAAGCCCACAAGCACAAAGAGAAGAGCAAACAUCACCAGAGAGACGGAGAGCCAGACGGCAGCCCGUACAAAGACGACGGCGGCGGCGGCGGCGGCGGCGGCGGCGAGGGCGCCUUACGGAAGAGCGAAGAAGGCAAAGCGGCUAAGAAGCACAAAGUCAAACACAAGGACAAAGACAAACACCGGCGGGAAUACGAGGCGGAGCGCAGCCGGCACAGACCAAAGGAAGCCAGGAGAGACGGCCACAGGAAUCUGGAGUUUGACAGAGAGUUCUGGAAGGAAAACUUCUUCAAAAGCGACGAGGCGGACGAAGCGCUGCCUGGGAAAAGGGAAGCAGAGGAGAUCUCCGAGUGCUCCCCCUUCAAGGAGGAGAGGAACUCUAAGGAGAAACAUUCCAGUGGCAAGGAGAAGAGGCCGCGAGACGAGCGAGACAAGGCCAUAAAAAAAGAGCGCAGGGAGGAGAGGAUGAAAGACUUGAAGUUUGGCGAGCGUGACGACCGAGCCGACUGCCACAGCUGCGGGAGGAUUCCAGAUGAGCCUCCGCAGAGUGGGAACAGUGGGAAAGAAGAGACGGACGAGAAGCCCAUAAGCGCCCUCGCAGCUGAUCAGGAACAUUUGGAGCCCUCGGAAAGGAGCUUACGUGACAAAAGCGACAAGAGGCUCUCGGGAAAAGAAAAGGAGACUGAAAAAAUGGAGCGAAGGCAUCCCGACAAGGAAAAAAAGGCCAAGGCGGAACACUCGGACAAAGCGGAGCCGCAGAACCAGUUGGAUCGCUGGAAGGAAAGGGAGAAAUCCGUGGCCACUUCCUGCCACUCGCCAGGUGAUAAAAACUACAAGGAAAGUGACAAACUGAGGUCUCCAUCCACCGCGAAGCGGCAUGAGGACGGCAGGAAAAGUCGAGAUAAGAUGGACAAGCGCUCGGAUCGGGAGAGGCAGGACAGAGAUUACGGCGCCGCCGAUCACAGAGACAAAGAUCGGCCCAGCUGUGAUAAGAAAGCAAAGCCUUGUGACAAGUCCGAGCGCUCCAAGGAAAAGGACUGCGAGCGCAAGAGGAAAGAAAAAGUCAAAGACGGGUCUCUCUGCUCCGGAUCCAACCUGAAGUUCCUGCUGGAAGAGAAGGUGCAUCCCUCUGAAGGCGGGAAGCUCCUGGCCAGCAAAUCAAAGGACGACGCCGUGAAAACGGCCGAGAAGGAGCGCGACCGGAGAGAGCGGGACCGAGACUCAGACAGACACAAGGACAGAGACCGGGACAAGGACCGGGACAGGCACAGGGACAGGGACAGGGACAGGGACAAGACCAAACCCGGCAAGACCAAGACCAGUGACACCGACGCGGAGAAGGUCAAAUCCAAGCCGGCGUCUGGAACACGAGACGGCAGGCCCAAAGAGAAACGGCUGGUCAACGAUGACCUGAUGCAGACCAGCUUCGAGCGCAUGCUGAGCCUGAAAGACCAGGAGAUUGAGCAGUGGCACCGCAAACACCUGGAGAAGAUCAAGCAGAAGGAGAGGGAGCGGCUCAAACAGCGACCUCUGCUCGACCCCGGGAAGUCCAGGCCCAAAGACCGGACAAAGACGGAAGCCUGCUACAGCAAGGAGCUCAUGCGCUCCAAAAGCUCCGAAGCCCCAGACAAACCCCAGAAGGACGCCUCCAGCCUCAGGACCGUGUCCCUGGAUGGGAAAAGCCUGCCCUCCAUCAGCGCCAAGGUCAUGUCCGUGGUGGAGAACUGUCUGAGCAGAUCUCCCCGGCCCGAGGGCGAGCACUGCGGCCUCAUGUCCAGGUCCGUGUCCUUGGUUUCCAUGGCGAGCUCCGAGGACUCCUGCCAGGCCACCAUGCUCACACCCAAGCACGCCGAGUACGACUCGGACGUGAACCCGGAGGCGGCCGACAUGCAGCCGGCGUUCCUGCAGUCAUCCCUCGUCAUUCAGGCCACCCGGUUGCCCUCCGCGCUGGAUAAAGAUGGCGGCCUUGCAGAUGCGCAGCACGCCGCUCGCCCCGCGCUCACCGCCAGACACGAGUCUCCGUACCUCAGGGCCAUCCUGGAUGAGGAGGCGUCGAGCGAACUGCUCCAAAACCCGGGAGGUCUGCACGCCAGGGAGACGUCGAGCGAAAGAGAGGAGACGCUCGUCAGUGAGGUGCCGGAUGAGUGUGGAGGCGCGGCAGGCAGCUCCACACCUGACCCAGACCCUCCAGGGAAGGGUCUGGCUCUGUGUAGUAGUCCUAGAGCAGGCCCCACGGAGCACUCGGACCCUCCUGCGUAUGUGGACACUUCACAGACGGACAGCACCGACAGGGACUCUGAGCCCCCCCUGCUGUCUCCAUGUGUGGAGGCCUCAGAGCCCACAAACCCCAAAAGCCUCCAGGCGAGGGAGACCCUGCCCUGCAUCCUUCAGGAGGACUCUUCAGUGCACCCCUGGGACCAGAAGGACAAAGUGGUGACUCCUGAUGGGGGGGAACCUCCAAGUGAGGAAAAUGCUUGUGAGGGUGUCGUGAUGGAUGAGAUGGAAAGCCCGGUAGCUUCCACCAGCACCAACAUUCCCGUCUCCACAGAAUCCUUACUGGGCUCCAACAAGCCCAGCACGGAGUCCAGCGGUUUCCAAGAGGAUCCGGACGUAAGCGACACCUGUGAUGCUCUGAUGGACGCGUCGGACAACGAGCCGUCUGCCCUGAGCCAUGAGCCCAACGACCAGGUCAUCACUGACGUCCAGCAGAACUCGAAUCAAGACCUCCUUCAGAGUUCCUCGGCAGAGGAGCAGCCGGGUGCAGAGGGCCCCUCGGAUUCCCACUGUGAGCCGAUGGAGGUGGAUCCUGCUGACAGGAAACCGGAGUCCUCUGGUGGCGAUCCCACGCAGCCCGCGGGCCACGGCGACCUGAGCUACAGCACCUCAGGAAGCUCCUCCCCCCAGUCCGCAGACCAAGAGUCGGACUGCUCUGGCGCCAAGAUGAAGAUCCGCUCCUCAGACGAGGACGCCGACGUGCACGUGCCCCACCCUCGCAAAAGGAAGAUGCCCAAGGCGGCGGCUUCGCAGGCCGGCUGCACCAGCCAGCAGGAUAAGGAAGGUCAGCAGUCGCUGGCCGCCAUGGUGGCGUCGGUCAAGUUGGAGGAGAUUGAGCCGUACCAGACGGAAAGGGCCAACCCCUACUACGAGUUCCUGCACAUCCGGAAGAAGAUCGAGGAGAAGCGCAAAGUCCUGUGCAGCGUCGCGCCGCAGCCGCCGCAGUAUUACGACGAAUACGUCACCUUCAACGGGUCCUACCUGCUGGAUGGGAACCCGCUCAGCAAGCUGUGUAUCCCGACAAUAACUCCGCCCCCCUCGUUACCCGAGCAGCUGAAGGAGAUGUUCAAGCAGCAGGAGGUGGUCCGCAUGAAGCUGCGCCUGCAACACAGCAUCGAGAGGGAGAAGCUGAUCGUGUCAAACGAGCAGGAGGUCUUACGGGUGCAUUACCGGGCGGCGAGAACGCUGGCCAAUCAGACGCUGCCCUUCAGCGCCUGCACCGUGUUGCUCGACGCCGAAGUGUACAACAUGCCUCAAGAUGUUCAGAGCGACGACGGCAAGACGUCUGUGAGAGAUCGAUUCAACGCCCGACAGUUCAUGUCCUGGCUGCAAGACGUCGACGACAAGUUCGACAAGCUCAAGACGUGCCUCCUGAUGCGGCAGCAGCACGAGGCGGCGGCCCUCAACGCCGUCCAGCGCCUGGAGUGGCAGCUCAAGCUGCAGGAGCUGGACCCGGCCACCUACAAGUCCACCAGCAUCUUCGAGAUCCCCGAGUUUUACAUCCCGCUGGUGGAGGUCAACGACGACUUCGACCUCACCCCCAUAUGAGGAGCCGCCGGGUGGAGCAGCGCCUUCCGAGAGGCCGCCACAGCAAUGCGAAGCACUUAAGACGGGGAGCACUUAGGACCGAUCCGCACCCCGGCUGGCUCUCAACAGGGGCCGCCCGCCCUCGGGACGGGGGGGCCGGGGGGGCCGGGCCACCGUGGAGUCCAGGAGACCAAAAGAGCGGGUCGGGCGCCGCGGGAAGGCGCCGCACUCGCACGCCGUCCCGCCUCCGCCACCCAGUCGCGUCAAGCAGGGUCACACAAGUGAAAGAUUUCAUGCUUUUAUUGUGUUCAUACGUUGUGUACAGAAUGUGCUCUUCAUUUUCUAACUUAUUUGAUACAUACAUACAUACGUACAUACUGUGUAUUACCACUGUGUAUUUGUACAUAGCCAUGGAUCAUUAGGACUAUUGUUCACACCAUGCUAGAUAUUUGCAUUCUUUUGCUUUGAUAUGGCGUGUUCCUCUUCGUCCGUGACGUCCUGUUGUUUUAACCCUUUCUUUUCCUCUUCAUCUGCAGUUUGGCGCCACGUUGGCAAUUAACGCUGUGCAUGCCUGCAUCCUUGCGUCCUUGCAUCCUUUCUACCUUUCCUAAGGGCCGUGCCGUGGACGUUGUGAGUUUUACUGAAGUCUUGCUGCUUUUCUUUGCGUCGUCGUCCUUGCGGCCUCCGUGUGUGUCGUCCUUUUGUGUGUCGCGCACAUUCGAGUCUGUCGUGGCUUCCGGGGGGGAGGGGGGGAAGGGGAAAAAAGCUUUUACAGUUUCAAUGUGAGAUCACAACAAAACCUAU